AUGAGCAGUGGAGAGCUUCUGAAUGUCGAACCACUUGACCUCAAAUAUCCCUUAGCGAUUUCGAUUUCUUGUACACAUUAUUUUCAGGUCAAAACGACGAAUGCCAAAAAGUAUUGCGUUCGUCCCAACAAAGGGAUUGUGUUGCCUCGAUCGACUUGUCAUGUUGUAGUAACAAUGCAAGCGCAGAAGGAGGCCCCUUCUGACAUGCAAUGCAAGGACAGAUUUUUACUUAGGAGUGUAGUUGCAAAUCCUGGCACCACUCCAGAAGAUUUUACCCAGGAAAUGUUCAAGAAAGAAGCAGGACGUGUUGUUGAUGAAAGCAGGUUGAGAGUGAUUUAUAUUCCCCCACCUCAGCCACCAUUCCCUGUCGCAGAAUCCUCAAGGCAGUUCAUGAAAGAUAUUGGCCAUCUAGAUGGUUUUGAGGUUGUUUACUUAAUCACUUGUGAUCAUUGAUUUGAUAUCAUCGUU